AUGCAGGGAAAUGUCGGCGUGUACGCGGUGAAGAGGAGGAAAAAGCCCGUCCAGAAGAACGCCGCGCCUCCCCCCGUGAAGACCAACCCGUCCAAACGGCACCGAGACCGCCUGAACGUGGAACUGGAGCGUCUGACCAGCCUGCUUCCUUUCUCCGAAGAUGUACGCAACCGCCUGGACAAGCUAUCGGUGCUGCGGCUCAGCGUGGGAUACCUCAAAGCCAAGAGUUACUUCCAUGGGCAGCGCAGGACGGACACGCAGCUCUCUCGCCACGAUAGUAAUGGCCGCUCUGUGUCACUGGACGGCGUCGGUUUCUCUGAGGGCGAGCUCCUUCUCAAGUCGCUCCAUGGCUUUGUAUUGGUGGUCACAGGGGACGGCACCAUCUUCUACACGUCACCCACCAUCCAGGACUACCUAGGCUUCCAUCAGUCUGACCUGGUGCAGCAAAGCGUCUAUGACCUCAUCCACAUCGACGACCGAGAAAUGUUCAGCUGCCAGCUGAAGCUCGGCGUGCACCUCAGCGAGCCCGGAGAGGACGUCGCAACAACGAGCAGCCGGCACCAUCUUCAACUUCAGGAGAACUCCUUCUUUCUGGAGAGAAGCUUUUGCUGUCGUCUGCGCUGCCUCUUGGACAACACAUCUGGAUUCCUGGCUUUAAAAUUUUCCGGCCAUCUUAAGUACAUGUGGAAGGACGGUGGGCCUGAGGGAAGUCCUCUGUUAGCCCUGUUCGCCAUCGCCACACCCGUGCAGCCGCCGGCCGUCAUGGAGAUCCGCACAAGGACGCUGAUUUUUCAGACGAAGCACCGGAUGGAUUUUGCCCCCAUGGCCGUUGAUACCAGGGGCAAGCUGGUGCUGGGUUUCUCGGAGACUGAGUUGAUCACCCCGGGUUCCGGUUAUCAGUUCGUGCACGCAGCUGACAUGAUGUACUGCGCCGAUAAUCAUCUCAAGAUGAUCAAGACUGGCGACAGCGGCUUCACUUUCUUUCGGCUGCUCACCAAGGCAGGACAGUGGCUGUGGGUACAAGCCACCGCCCACGUGGUCUUCAAAGACGGACGACCCGACUUCAUCAUCGCUCGCCAGAAGCCUCUGUCGAACGAAGAGGGAGAGGAAUACCUCCAGCAGAGAAGACAGCAACUGCCUUUCAACCUAGCGACCGGGGAAGGUGUCUUGUACGACCUUUCCCUGGAUGAUUUUACCAUCCCGGACCCUCUCGGCACCGAGGAGCCUCUGAAGGAAAGCCCAGUGGAUCCCAGCUCCGUCUUGGGAUCGUUACACCGCCAAGACCACUCGCUUUAUUCCCAGAACCAAGUCCCGGCGUUCUCCCAGCCGGACCCGGAUCAGACCUUGGAGCGAGCCUUCUCGGACAGCCGCGCUCUGCUCAGCGUUCCGGGUCAGGUGGAAAAGACCGGAGGCUUCACGUCAGACCCCAUGCUGGACUCGCUGGAGCAGAUUCUGGGAAGGCUGGACGACAGCACGCUGGAUGGUCUGGAGGUGGAACAGGGCGAGCUAAGGGACUGGGAAAACGCACUGCUCAGGAUGAACCAAGACCGAGCCCCGGACGGCAUUUUGGCAAGCGAUGUCUUCUCUUACGUCGAAGAGGCCCUCGGGAUUAAAACGUCCAGAGGGGAAAGCUCUAAUUUGGCUUCACCGUACUCUUGGCAGUCAUUAGACUGCGGACAGCAAGUUCUCUCGGACGUUUCGUCCACUGACACUCAAACGGGACACUGGCUCCAGAGCGGUGAGAUUGCCAACAGCUCCUGCCGUUUUAAAAGCACUCCGUUGCCUUUGACGGUAGACACCAAUGCCAGUCCUGAGUCUGACCGGCGGAUUUUCAGCAGCUGCAUGUAUGAACAUCUAGAAAAACCGGGCUUUCCUGUUGUCAGCGGCGCGCGAAGUGGAAGGCUAGUUUAUUCGGGAGCGCCAAACCCGGGCUUCGCCAUGCCACACGCGGUCGAAGGAGGGCAGGUGCCUGCCAGCCAGAUGCACUUUCCCACGCUGGCCGGUAUAGCUGAGGCGGGAGCGUACCAACCGGACCGCGCCCCGGAGAACGGAAUGCUGCAGUCCAGUUUUUUCUGUUGGAACGGGGAAUCUCUGAUACCCAAAGCUCCCCUGAACCAGUGCGCCUUAACACCGCAACCAUCCGGAGGAGCAUCGAACCUUCCUAAAACGCCGUCCCCUAACAACCUGAAGCCGCGAGUCCCCAAACGCCACAUGGGCGGUUCUACGUUUUGGUCCAUCCCCUUUCCCCUCCCUCUGAUGCACAACCACGAGGCUCCACUCACUGUCUGA